AUCAGUACCAAAUGCCCUUUCAGACGAUGGUUGGAAUUAUGGUACACUGCCUACGCUACUUGGUACACCACCACAGGAAGUGAACCUCACGAUCAACCUGUCUGGCGACCUUUUCGCCGCGUUCUCCUAUGAUUGCGUCUUGUGCGCUGGAAAUUCUUUCUUCGACGCAUCACUCUCUACUACUUUCCAGCCAUCCAAUACUCCCUGGCCCAACUCGGACGCUACUAUGAGUGGUAUCGAGGUGAACGACACAGUCAGCUUUGGUGGCCUUCUCAAUCUCCCUAACGAAAAAUUCGCUUUGAUGGAAAGCAUGUCCCCGUCGUUCGGUUUGAGCCUCUUCAACGGUCAUUUCGGUGUGAUGAUGAGCCCAGUAAAUACGACUGAACAAUCUCAGCACAUCUUAUCGCAAUUGUUACAAAGCAACCAAUUACUGAACCCUGUUGUCGGUAUGCGUUUCGACCCGAAGAAUCCCAAGAUGACGAUAGGUGCUCUCGAUCCGGCUGACUAUGAAGGCGAAAUCAAUUGGGUAGAGAUGGAGACGCCAGUCAACAGCUGGGACUUCCCCAACGUAUUUAAGUUGGAUGGUAUUAAGGGAUACAAUGGAUCGUUUUUACCAUGGGGAAACAAUUUAUCAGCCUCUGUCAAUUCCCUAUUUUUUGCUGUAGCUGUUCCAAAUACGUGGCAAUAUAUGGUGGAGGACGGGUUCACGGGCCCUCUGGAGACGAUCAGUUAUAAUCCAGACGUCGGAGUAAUUUCGUAUCAAUGCAAUGAGACAACGCCUUACGUUGCCCUCACUGCUACUAUCAAUGGCGUCGACUAUAGGAUGGACUCGCCAAACAAUUUACUUCGUCCAACUGGCGAGUCUCGUGUUGGAUUCUGCAACGUCGGAAUCACCAACAGGACGCAACCAGUAAACAUCCCAGAUGUUGACCUCGGCCUUCCAUUCCUGAGAAGUGUCUACUUAGCAUAUCGUUUCCCCACAGCAAACUGCCCAGGGUACUACGGCUUUGCUUUCCCCUCAGGUGCUAACCGUACGCAAGCCGAGAUAUCCCAGACACCUACGUCAACACCUGCACAAAGCGCACAAUGUCUCUCGCUGACGAAGCCAACAUCUACGCCGACUGCUACUGUUGUGACCACGCGGCAAAAGCUCAUGUCUAAACAGAAUUACGACGUGUAUAUGAACCCGCAGGCGAAUCAGAUGCCUUUGGUUGGAGUGGACGAGUUACCAAAGGCGGUGUGGAAUACUACUGAUCUGAACGGCCAAUAGACUUUCUUACAUAUACUAUUGUAUCUAUAUAUCUCAAUGAUAAGUAAUGAUUCUUGGG